UGAACCAGUGUGGAUGAACUAGUCUCCGACAGAAACAUUUGCCUUCAGACAGCCUUCAUUUUUAUUUUCCUCUUACCACACAUUUUUUUUGUGUGUGUCUCUCUGAAAUCCUAGCGUUUCAGUGGAAAUGUCGCCCUGGUGAUUUUUCACUUGCAUGUCAUUGUGUAACUCCUGUAAAAAAAAAAAAAAAAGAGUAUCAGACUACUAUAUUUUCCAUCAUUUUCUUGUGAUUGCUGCGAGUCGGGCUCCUCCAGACGCAUGUCGCUGUGAUUCAUCCUGACGGGAGAACAUAUAGUGGACCGACGACACACGGGCUAACCCACCGUGAUGGAUAAUGCUCAUACUAAGACAGUGGAGGAGGUUCUGGGCUUCUUAAAUGUAAAUGAGUCCACAGGUUUGAGCUGUGAGCAGCUGAAGAAGAACAGGGAGAAAUGGGGGACCAACGAACUACCAGCUGAAGAAGGUAAAUCUCUUUGGGAGCUUGUCCUGGAACAGUUUGAGGAUCUGUUGGUUCGAAUCCUGCUGCUGGCUGCGUGCAUUUCCUUUACUCUGGCUUGGUUCGAAGAAGGGGAGGGAACAAUCACUGCCUUUGUUGAACCUUUUGUCAUCCUCCUCAUCCUCAUUGCAAAUGCUAUUGUAGGAGUCUGGCAGGAGCGUAAUGCGGAGAAUGCCAUCGAGGCUCUUAAGGAGUACGAGCCAGAGAUGGGCAAGGUGUAUCGACAGGACAAGAAAAGUGUCCAGAGAGUCAGAGCACGAGACAUUGUCCCUGGAGACAUUGUGGAAGUUGCAGUUGGUGAUAAGGUUCCAGCCGAUAUCAGGCUGACGUCCAUCCGUUCCACCACUUUGAGGGUGGACCAGUCCAUUCUGACGGGGGAGUCAGUGUCAGUCCUCAAACACACAGACCCUGUACCAGACCCCCGAGCUGUUAACCAGGACAAGAAGAACAUGCUCUUCUCUGGUACCAACAUUGCAGCAGGGCGAGCCGUUGGUGUUGUCGUGGCGACAGGGGUGCAGACAGAGAUUGGAAAGAUCCGAGAUGAGAUGGCCUCCACUGAUCCUGAGAGGACCCCACUGCAACAGAAACUCGACCAGUUUGGAGAGCAGCUGUCUAAGGUUAUCAGUGUGAUCUGUGUGGCAGUGUGGGCCAUCAAUGUAGGACAUUUUAAUGACCCAGUGCAUGGAGGCAGCUGGCUGAGAGGAGCUGUUUACUACUUCAAGAUUGCUGUUGCACUGGCUGUUGCUGCCAUACCAGAAGGCCUCCCUGCAGUCAUUACUACCUGCCUGGCACUGGGCACCAGGAGGAUGGCCAGGAAAAACGCAAUCGUCCGCAGCCUGCCAUCAGUGGAAACACUGGGUUGUACCUCUGUUAUCUGCUCUGACAAAACAGGAACACUGACCACCAACCAGAUGUCCGUCUUCAGGAUAUUUGUAGUGGACAGUGUGUCAGGGGAGAACUGCAGCCUGAGCGAGUUCACAGUGACUGGAUCUACUUACGCCCCUGAAGGGGAAGUUUACAAAAAUGGCUCAGUGGUCAAGUGCAGUCAGUACGAAGGCCUGGUGGAGAUGGCCUCCAUCUGUGCACUGUGCAAUGACUCCUCACUGGACUUCAAUGAAGCAAAGGGAGUGUACGAGAAGGUUGGGGAGGCAACAGAGACUGCCCUCUGCUGCCUGGUGGAGAAAAUGAACGUGUUUGACACUGACUUGAGAAGACUAAGUCCUGCUGAGAGAGCUACAGCGUGCUGCUCUGUGAUUAAGCAGCUGAUGAGGAAGGAGUUAACACUUGAAUUCUCUAGAGACAGAAAGUCCAUGUCUGUCUUCUGUUCAUCAAAUAAACUCACCAAGUCUACCUCUGGAAACAAGAUGUUUGUGAAGGGAGCUCCAGAGAGCGUGCUGGAACGUUGUACUCAUAUCCGGGUCAGCGGUUCUGCUCGUGUGCCUUUAAGCCCGGCAGUUCGAGAGCAGCUCCUGACCACUGUGCGGGAGUGGGGGUCAGGCCGGGACACACUGCGUUGUCUUGCUAUGGCAACCCGAGACACACCCCCGGACAUCCAUUGUCUCAACCUGGAGAACUCAGCUGUCUUUGCUGAAUAUGAGUCGGACCUGACCUUUGUGGGCUGUGUGGGCAUGUUGGACCCCCCUAGGAAAGAGGUGCUUGGUGCAGUCCGAAUGUGUCGGCAGGCUGGCAUACGAGUCAUCAUGAUCACAGGUGACAACAAAGGGACAGCCCUGUCUAUCUGUCGGAGGGUGGGGAUCAUCACGGAGCAGGAAGAGGAGCAGGAGGGUGCCGGGGUCAUCGGAUGCCUGACAGGACGGGAGUUUGAUGAGCUGCCCCCCCACCUGCAGCGUCAGGCCUGCAGGACAGCACGGUGCUUCGCCAGGGUGGAGCCAGCACACAAGAGUCGUAUAGUGGAGUAUCUCCAGAGCCUGGAUGACAUCACUGCCAUGACAGGUGACGGGGUGAAUGACGCACCAGCACUGAAGAAGGCUGAGAUCGGCAUCGCUAUGGGCAGCGGCACAGCCGUAGCUAAAUCAGCCUCUGAGAUGAUCCUGGCUGAUGACAACUUCUCUACUAUUGUGGCGGCCGUGGAGGAAGGCAGAGCCAUUUACAACAACAUGAAACAGUUCAUCAGAUACCUUAUUUCAUCCAACAUAGGAGAGGUGGUCUGUAUUUUCCUGACAGCUGCUCUCGGUAUGCCUGAAGCAUUGAUCCCAGUCCAGCUGUUAUGGGUCAACCUGGUCACUGAUGGUUUCCCAGCAACAGCUUUGGGCUUCAACCCUCCUGACCUGGACAUCAUGUCCCGCCCUCCUCGCUCCCACAAAGAGCCUCUCAUCUCCAGCUGGUUGUUCUGUCGCUACCUUAUCAUUGGAUGUUAUGUGGGAGCAGCCACGGUUGGAGCUGCUGCCUGGUGGUUUAUGGCAGCGCAUGAUGGACCAAAACUUUCCUUCUAUCAGCUGUCCCACUACCUGCAGUGCACUGAAGGCCAUGUGGAGUUUGCUGGUGUGCAGUGCUCGGUCUUUGAGUCUCCAUAUCCCAUGACUAUGGCUCUGUCUGUCUUGGUCACCAUAGAGAUGUGCAACGCCUUGAACAGUCUUUCAGAAAACCAGUCCCUGAUGAAAAUGCCUCCCUGGUCAAACCCAUGGCUGGUGGGGGCAAUCUGUCUGUCCAUGGCCUUACACUUCCUCAUUCUUUAUGUUGACCCACUGCCGGUGAUAUUCCAGAUACGUCCUCUGUCUUGGCCUCAGUGGGUGGUGGUGUUAAAGAUGUCACUUCCUGUCAUUUUCAUGGACGAGGCCCUCAAGUUCCUGGCACGCAACUAUAUUGAGCCGGGAAACCAGACAAUGGAAGAGGAAGAGGAGCUACAGGCAACAAGGGCUAAUGGGGGAUUGUUCAAUGCCAUGAUGACAAGGCUACGCCAGUCAUUGAGGGAUGUGUCCUGGUCCUUCGUCCUGAUCGCUACGCCACUAGUGAUCUGGAUCUUCAGCCUGGACUCUGACAUCACUAACAUCUUCUGGGAGUAAUGUGAGAAAGAGAUGACAGGUGGACUGUGGUGGGGGAGGCAGUGAAAGACAGGAGGCUGAAAAAGGAAAAAGAAAAGCUAAAUAAGGAUUAUUGGGCAAAAUUGUUUUGAUGUGAAAGGGUUAAGCAAAGUGGAAGAGAAAAAGACAUGAAACCUAUUUGAGAUUAAUUAAGGUAAGAAGUGUUUUUAGCCAGAAGACAAUCAGAAAAAGAAAGUGCAAGGCAGUGUCAGACCAUCACCUGCUAUGAAUAUGUGCUAUGUGUAGCUAAUUGUCUCUCUCAAUCUUGUGAUCACAUUUACUCUGACUGUGCUUACACCUGCUCCCCAUUUUCCUGACUUAGGCAUACACAUGUUGGUCAGUUGGUCCAAAUCAGCCUUGGGUUCAGAGUUAAUUGUCUCUGGGACUGAAUACCUCUACUAAAAAACCAUGGUACCUCAGUUGUACUUUUAUGUUAGCAUAGCAUACUAAUCUACUAAUUUCCACACUCUUAAGAUUCUAAAGAAUGUGGGAUAGAAAUUAGCAAGUUAGCAUGUUAGUUUGUUUGUUUGAAACAAAACCUGACAUCUGUCUGUCUGCCUUAAAGUCAGCAUAGACUUCCCGCCAUAAAUGGACGCAGGGACACACAGUGUAAAAUUUGAUGUAGAUCAUCAGUUAAUCAACUUUUUUGACUUUUUUGUUGCAUAUUGUCUUCCAAGGAGUUUGAUUUGAAACACAUAGUUUAAUUUGACUUGUGUUUAGAGACCUGGAUGUGGUAGGUGGAUGACAACUAAUUUCUUAGUAACAACCAAUGGCUGUAUAUAAAGAUAGAAGACACAUCUCCACUUCCUCCCCACUCAGCGUUGCCAAAUAGGAAAUGUUGAAGUAUCCUACGCAGAAGUCUAAAGUUAUCAUAUUUUGAGGACAAUUAUCGUACGGGACCAGAGUUGGGAUGGGACGCUCAAUACCGAUAAUUCGAAGCUAUGUCAAGAUUGCUGAAUCGAUCCUUUUCAAGGCACAAGGCUCUUAUUUUGAAACAUGACACAGGAAGGACUUGUAAUAAAGUGCGAAAUGCGAGUCACCCCGUCAGGACAUGACGGUGACAUUCAUCAUCACCAGAAUGAUUGGCUGAAAAGACAUCAUGUGAGAAGAGAUGCGUAAAUUAAGAUGUGGGGGUCCAUAUCCACGUUCAACAGCACGACAUUCAUGAUUUGCAGGAAAGAGGGAAGAAAUGUGUAAACAAAGACGUGAUCCAUAUUUACUAUCCAGAUUACAACUGGCAAUAGUGUCACAAAAUGAUGAUGAAUGAUUAUCGUCCAUGAUGCAUUAUUGAUUGAUUGUGCAGUGGGCAAAAUUAUCACACAAAUACAAGAAUCAUCGUACAUCUGGCAACACUGUCCCCGCUGUACAGAAAUGAAUAUAUUGGAGAUGGGCAUCGCCAUAAAUGAAUGCUUGAAAUUAAUUUGACUUGUGCUUUUAUGACUUAUACUGCAGCCAGCCACAAGGAGGCGAUGGUGAUGUUUUGUCUUCACAUUUGCAAGCUGUGAUGUUGUCCCUCUUUAUGUACCGUCAUUGGAAACUACUUGCUAUACAUUACAACAACAGUGCUUGUAACUAGCACUGUUGUUAUAUGUUAACUGUAAAAAUAUGAGAUUUGUUUUAACUAGCAGAGGCUUAAGUAAUGUGUUGCUGAGAAGCAUCAGAAAGUCAUUGUAGCGUCACUUGCUAUAUUUUAGCAUAUAUUGGCAUAAUGUUGAGAUCUGUGAAAUCUACUUUUUAAGUCGUCUCAAUUUACAUAUUAAUUUAAAAUACAUUUAGUGUUUUGUUAAGUGUAGAAUCUGAUUUGUCGACCUAAUCCCUUUACCUCGUCGAAAUAGGUCUUUUAUUAGCAAGCAAAUUUUGUCAGGUUGCUUGGUGAGCUCAGUUACCUAGGCAGAUGUUCCACCUGGCAAUUCGUAGGUGUAAAUAUUUCAUAAUACGUUUUAAUUUUGUGAUGUGUAAGAUUUCACUUCGAGAAAAUAUAUGUUAUGACAAGGCUAAAUUUGACUUCAAGAGCUGAUACUAGAGACCUCUUAAGAGGUAAAUGUAACCGGUUAUUCUAAAUGAAAGGCAAGAGCAAAGAUGAGAAGAAUCAUUUGGAAUUGUUUAUUUCCUCUGAACCAAACAACAUGUUCAUGGCUUCAUGAUGGUUUUAAUGCUGCACAUAGCACCUUUCACAUGAAAAGUUGAAAAGUGAGUGGAGUGGAUUAGAUAGAUGGCAGGCAGAAGCACUGAGUCGUCCACAGUCUCAAGUGUAUACACACACCAGCUUUACAGACACACUGUUAUUCACCAGUAAUAAGAUGUGGUCAGCAACAGGUGAUGAAGGCAGAUGUACAGUAGAGCCCCCAGCUGGCCAUUCUAAUACUACUGCAAUGUAAAAUAUUCAGUCACCUCUACACAGUAAAUGAGACUAAAACAUGCUCUUAACCUCUGAGGGAAGACUGUUAGCAGGAUGCAUGUCAGUGCACGUUACGUUACACACUUUUAAUAUGUUACAGUGGAGAGGAAGAUGAGCCACUGACUCUGUGACUGAUUCUGAAGAUGAUACAUCAAAUCUAAAAGGGAUUCACACUUAUAAGUCUGUAUUGAUUUCAGCAGUACACGUCACCAUCCCAUCUAAAACCUUACAGCCUAGUCCUUUAGAACUUUACUCUGAAGUUCAAUAUCCUCCACUGACUUGAUUGUCUCUGAUACUGAAAAGCUCUUAAGUCUUAAAUGUUACUUGACGUGACCGGACACCCUGAGGCUUCACAGACUGAAGCUGGAUUCAAGCCUUCACACCAGGAUCAUUGACAUGAGCCUGUUUGAUUUAAGUAGUUAAGAAGUGUUGAUGGUGUUAUUUAUAUUCAUGAUUAGACACAGUAUAUGUCGUUGUGUACUUCUAGGUACAGUCAGUGUAAAGGAACUGACUGCUACAUAUAAUGUGUAAGCUAAAUGGAAUAAUAUGGUUCUUUAUGUUAGGGCAUUGAAUAUACUCUCACUACUCCAGUCCCCACUCAGUACCCUGCAACUUUUUGAUUUCUUUACUACUUUUCUCCCCUUGCCUCUUAACCACAGACACUGCCUCUUUGUUAGUGUGCUGGACAGGAUGCACUGCAAACUGUAACACUCAGAUUCCCAGUGACACAGGGCCUGAAGCAGAGUGAGUGUGUUUUUUUUUUGUGUCUGCCAUUUUCUCCAGUGAUGUCGUUGUGACAUCUCACUCUGUUUGCCAUUGAAGGGAUUUUUUCGGGGCUACUUUAAGCAAAAAUAUCUGUGAUUUGUAUAAAGUGUAAAGUCACAAUAUUCUAAGUUAAGAAGUCAA